GGAGUACGACGACAGAAAUCUGUACGGACGCAAUGCUGCGAGUGACAGUGCCCAGGAAGGUGCGACUGCCCUCACUGAGCGAAACGAGGAGGAAGAAGAUGGGGAAGCUGCGGUCCACGUGAAGACAAUGGUGAUGACGAGUAUAUGGACGUUGGGGAUGAGAACACGCAGGACCAAAACAUGCUUGGCGAUGACGACGUCGGUGUCAUGUCGGAGCAUGGCCCUGGCCACAUCCCCACCGGUUCUGUGGGAGCGGCUGUUGGUCGGCCCUUGUCGUCCCCUSCGAUAUGGCAUUCGCAAGGCGGGAGUCAUGGUGGGCAUGACUCGCAGGAGCACGKAGGAUCAAAGUCGAGGAAAAGGACAAGAGAAACUUCUCCUUCUGCUUCCGCUCACAAAAGACAAGCGAGGACUGACGUUGUUAAUGAGGCUCGUGGAGCUCUGGUGGCAUCCCAGGAGGCGAGAGCUCCUCGGAAGAGCAGCCAGGGGGGGAGAUCUGGCGGUCGUGGCGGCGGUCGUGGUGGCGCAAGAAAAGGUAAGCAGAUAGUGAGGGCAGAAGAACUGCGGGACUCARGGGAUGAGGGCGAGGGAGUGGGCCCUCGCAUGCCUGACGAUGAUGAUGAACCGCUUCAGCACGUUGCGCCCAUCGACACGACGCGUUGUUUCUUCCUUGAAUACGACGAGAAGUGUUUUGCUAAGCAAAAAGUCCUUCUUGUUCUUGUGGACGUCAUGAAAAUCAAACGCAUUCCCCGCKGGAAUAUUCUUUUCAACCACCGCUCUUCGUCUGCAAACAUUGUGCGAGGCAUCGUGAAUGCCAUCGAGAGUUCCAUCACCACGAAACCGGGGGCGUGGGAUAGGCCUGAGCUCGUGCUUGCGCCGGUUGACCGCAACGACAUCGUUGGCGAGCAGGGUCGGCGGAUAACACUGACCGAAUUAUUCGAAAGAGACUCCUCUGAGUUCGAUUGGUAUGCUGUCUGUGGUCAGCAAACGGUCGAGGCCAUGAAGACGUUGGUAAAAAAGGGCUCUCCGGCAGUCRACGUCUAUGGCCUUCGCGCGUAUUCUAAGAUGCGGGUUGUCUAUUUUGGAGAUGAGCAGACGCGAGGGUAUUUCAAUGUCUCCGCCUUCGACAACACGCGCGAAAAUCGGGCCAUGAUGUUGUCCUUCGAGGAUGCUGUCCGUGAUAUGAGGCAAUGGUGGAUCGAUAACCAUCGAAUCGAGGCCCCGAAAGGCAAGGUCAGCGAUAAGGAUGCGGUCGCCGUUGCACACGAAAAGAAGUGGCAGAAUUUCUUAAGGGCCUCCAUGGGGAAGGCAUGCGACAAGGCGUUCGUGAAGCAAGCGCUNGAGAAUGAGUACAGUAAGGAUUGGAGCAAUAAACUCCAUGGCUACAUGAACCUCGCCACAUCCACCGAGGCUGUGUGGUCACUGGUCGAGAAGUUCUUCGAGAUGUUCAACGAGGGGAAGCUGCCAGUUGGCGAUGGUAAAAUACCGCUUGACAUGUCGGGUAGGAUGGAGGGGCGCCAUCCAGCUGAAUGGGAGAAGGAACAGGACAAGCUGCAUGUCAGCAAAGUGAAGACGGUCCCUCGACGGCUUGGAGGGUUGGAGGAGGCAAGGCAAGGAUCAGGCUUGGGCCCUACGGCGGCAAUGUAUAAGGAGGCUCCAUUCCACUUUAAGGUGUUUGUAUACACCUCAAUCGAUAAGCUCGAUCUGCUUAGGGCGGAGGUCAAACGGGUCGCCUCCAGCGCACGUCAUAUCGUGUGGGAUAAACUUAAAAAACAAACAACAUUGCUACCGGUGUGCAUGCCAUUGAAGGAAGUGCUGGCUGUGCUUGACGACAUCGUCGCUGCGGCACAAAAAAUGACCUGCAGGGCCGUCAUCCUUGACAUCUCCCCUACUAACAUCUGCACAACAUGGACCUCUCAAGAGUUCGACGCUCUGCACUCUAUGAUGACUAAGUGUUGUGGCGUUAAUUGGGUUUUUUUUGUCUUCGCACCGCAGAAGGUGCAAAGUGAUGUUCUGCGUUGCUUAUUCCAGUGGGAGGACAUCAAACUCAUCCUCAGGACCUGGAAACGGGUGGACAGGCCAUCGAAUGACAUCACGAGGUAUGGCAAUAUCGCUACGGCGAGUCGAGACAUGAUGGCCAUUGUCCUGCACGCGGAGGGAGGGGAUCUCAAAAAGGUCACGGUCGCACCCCGCCUUGUCAAUGACCUCACAAACGUGCAUGUUGUGGAGGACAAGUUCGGGAAGUGUCUGGGGAAACACGGUGGCAUAGAGGGCGAUGAAAGGAAUAAUGUCAUUGYCUGUGACGAGUCGGCAAAGGACAUUGCAUACUUGACAAAGUUCAUCGAUAUACUUGUCAAGGACGAYWGAUUCAACUGCCACGUCGAGAAACCGCGUUCCAAACAUCGCCCGAACAGGGACAUGUUCCACAAGUUGGGGCCUAAGAGACUGAAGGUGUGGGAGUACCUGUUCCGCGAUAUGCCACAAGGACGACUUGACAGGAAAUAUUUAUACAGGAAAGCAAAGGCAACAGAGACCCUCAAACAUUAUCACGGUGCUCUCACUGGCGCCUUUGAGACUUUUGUUGCUCGAUGCGAGAUCCUCAAGUUCGAUCUUCGCAAAGACAAAUUGACGUCCAAGGACUACACGGAGCUCGCGAAAUCGGGCGAUGGCUUUAACCCCGUCGACAGCGAGGAAGAUUCUUCGAACUCCGACCUCGAACUGGGCAAGGACACAUGUGCUGAGGUUCCGCGCGGUGGAAUGGUGCAAGCUCACGAUGACGGAACUGUCCAUUCGCAUGUAGGGUCCAUCCCGGUGGCCGCCCCAAGCAUCGCCKCAAUGGUGGCCCCAUCGGAGAGUGCUGCAUUGCAAGACAUUGGAAGAUGCGGUGGCAAUGAAGAAGACGACGUUGAGAUACCAGGCGAGGCAUCGACGCUCGCACCAGGCGAUGCAAUUCCUCCAGGCUACUGUGCUGACCCGGACACGAUAUAUUUCUUGGAGGGCAAACACACCCACACAGGCGAGGAUCAGUGGGGCCAUGACAUCAUAUGGCAUGAGGGUGUUUUACAGCCGUGCAUCCAAGAUGGGGAGUGGAAGAUGGCGGUGAAAUACACAAGCGAUUGGAAGACUUUUCGCCGGAUGUCAAAGGACAUCUGGCUGAAAAUGACAGAACUCGCGAUCCUGCAUCGCGUGCGCGUCGAGAAUCCAGGGCAGAGCGAGGCCGCCAUCAAAGCCAAGGCCGAAGAAUUGUUUCAUGUCUUGCGCGACAAUCGGCAACUGGAGUACAGCAACAAAUUUUAUGCCCUGCGCUCGAGUCCCUCACGCGGGUCAAUCAACUGUAAGGUUGAUCAAACCGCCUGAACCUUGGAGGG